AUGGAAUCUAGACCAACCGAAAUUGACGAAUAUAUUGCAUUUGGAAAAGCUGAGUAUAAAAAUAAAUCGGCUCAACUAGCCAAGAUUGAUGAUUUUCAGAAAACUUACUCAUGGGAACGAGCUCUUUGGUGGUAUACACGACAAUCAUUCAUCUAUAGAAUGUUGAUGACAGCUUUACGUCAGCAAAGUAUUCAUUUACUGUUUCUUCUUCGUUUUUGGAUUCGUAACAUCGAUCGUCAAUUGAAACAAAGUCAAUGUCAUGUUCCCAUGCGUGUAUUUUGGGGUGGAUGGAAGUCAAAUAAUGACUUUGAUCUUCUUCAAACAUCAGUCGCUUCAACAGCCUUAGCGUCGACAACAGUUGCAACUUCGACAAGAUCAAUGACAACAACUUUCGCAACUUCGACAAGAUCAAUGACAACAACUUUCGCAACUUCGACAAGAUCAAUGACAACAACUUCCACAACCUCUCCAUGUCGCAAUUGCAGUCAGUCAAAUCGUACAGCACUUCUACUUAGUGACACAAGCACUGUGGCUGUUCAAGCAUUGGUUAACAACUUACAAUCUGUUGGUGUGACAGUCAACUACAUCUCUGGAGGAAUUUCAACUUAUAGUGGAUCACCAAAUGCAGCUAACUACGACUCAGUAAUUUUAAUUACUGGCAAUGAUUAUGCUACAGAUAUGCCAAGUAGUGGGCAAGAGUCGAUUCGAAAUGCUCAACAAAACAGUGGCACUGGUAUAGUAAUGACCGAAUGGGCAGCAUAUGAAGUGUUAAGUGGAAGAUGGUCGGUACUGUCUUCACUUUUGUUGGCCACGCGAAUAACAGGCGUGACUGCAAGCAUGUCGUUUGAUUUGGUUAGCAUCAAUCAUCCGAUUUGGAACGGUUUAGCAGCAUCUUUCAAUACGUCGGUUACACUUGGCUACAGUGUAUUAUCUACACCUAUAAAUGGUAGCUUAACAAUAGCGAGUUGUAUGCAAUGUGGUGGACCUGCAGUCAUUGUUCGUCCUAGUGUUGCAUCUAAUGGUCGUAUAGUGCAGAUUGCUCAUGGUGGCCAUUAUAGUUCCGGUGGAGCUAAUUUCAAUUGGCAGAAUGAUGCUAAUCUUGUAACUAUGAUGAAUAAUGCAGUUAAAUGGGCAGCGAAAAUGAUUUGA